UCUUGCUACACAAAAACCUAUGUGGCGCCCAGGGUAUUAUAUAAGCCCUUGGCAGGAGGGGAGAUAGUCCGGUGUGUGCGCUUCAGCCGCCGCAGUCGCAGCAACCACAGCAAAGCAGCGAGAGCGGCUCAGGUUGAUUUAGAACGCGGGUGACAGUGGCCUGGCGCGAGCCUAAGGCUGACGACAGAGGCUGAUCCCGCUCGGUUUCCAUGGAGACGGGCAGGAGCCGCGGCGGCGGCGGCGCGGCUGUCAGCGAUCGCGGCGGCGCGCGCGCGGGGGUCUGCAGGAGGCAGGAGCAGGCCGGGGCCCUCGCUGCAGACAUGGACUCGCAUUGUGAGUGCACCGCGGAGACGCCCGCCGCAGAGCCGCCGUCGGGGAAGAUCAAUAAGGCUGCGUUCAAGUUAUUCAAGAAGAGGAAAUCGGGGGGCACCAUGCCCAGCAUUUUUGGGGUCAAAAACAAAGGGGAUGGGAAGAGCGCGGGGCCGGCGGGAAUGGUGAGAAGCAGGACCCACGACGGAUUAGCGGAGGUACUGGUGCUGGAGGGCAGCAAGAAGGAGGAGCCGCCCGGCGGGGGCGAUCACGGUGGGGCCCGGCCAAACCCCGGACCCCCCAAAGCCGCCGGGCCUGGCCUGGGCUCCCUAGCCAGCAGCUCGGUGGCCAAGUCCCAUAGCUUCUUCUCCCUGCUGAAGAAGAACGGGCGAUCCGAGACAGGCAAGGGGGACCCUGCCGAGGCGAGCAAGGCUGGCGGCAAACAAAAGAGGGGGCUGAAAGGGAUCUUCAGCAGCAUGCGCUGGCACCGGAGGGACAAGCGCGGCAAGGAGGAGGAGGAGGAGAAGGCUGCGCGCGCGGCGGGCCCGGGCAGCCUAGUCCUGCCCGGCUCGCUCACCGCCAGUCUGGAGUGCGUCAAGGAGGAGCCGCCCCGAGCCUCGCGCCGCCCGGACAGCCCGGGCCAGGACGCCCCGCGACACGCAGCAGGUGAGCCCGAAGGGGGAGAGCAGGCGCCCGCGUCUGCCGAGCGCGCCCCGGCGCGGACCUGCCUCGAGGCCGCGAGCCCCGCCGGCCCUGGCGACCAAAGCGCCCGGGGAGAGGACGCCGAGGGGCAUUGGCGCGCGGAGAAGCCCGGGGCAGCCCUCGAGUCGGGAGCUGGUGAGGUCCAGGCGGCCGAGGAUGCGUCCAGGACAGGCUGUGGAGAUAUAAUUGCAGACCCAGAAGAAGAGGCAGGCCCCAGCUGUGACAAGCAUGCCCCCGGGCCAGGCAAACCAGUGCUCUCUAAAAAGAACCCCAGCGUGGUGGCCUACCAAGGAGGAGGGGAGGAGAUGGCCAGCCCGGAUGAGGUGGACAACACCUAUCUCCCGGAAUUCUGGGACAUGUUGUCCCAGACUGAGGACCAAGGACAAGGGCCCCAAGAGGGUGCAGCGAAGGCGGCCACUGUUUCAGACACCAAGCUGGCCCCUGAGACCUCCAAUGAGGCCCGGUGUGGGGAAGUAGCCAAGGACGUGUCCUCUGUCAAGCGCAGGAGGCUGCACAGGAUCCCCAUUGAGCCUCAGCAGAAGGAGGAGCCCAAGCAGCCAGAGAAGGAGCAUCAAGAAGGCAUCCCUAACAGUGAUGAGGGCUACUGGGACUCCACCACUCCUGGCCCAGAAGAAGAUAGCGCCAGCAGCAGUAAGAAGGCAGUCAUCCCCAGGGAUAGCGACAGUGGCGAUGCUCUCUAUGAUCUCUACACUGAACCCGAAGGAAGCCCAGCUGCUCUUCCAGUCACGGAGGACCCACCCUGCUUGUCCCGGCUAAAGCCGGUGUCUCCAGGCACUAUUACCUGUCCACUGAGAACACCAGGCAGCUUGCUGAAGGACUCUAAAAUCCCUAUUAGCAUCAAGCAUCUCUCCAACCUUCCAUCCAGCCAUCCUGUGGUGCACCAGCAACCAGCUAGGAGUGAGAUGCCCAGAACAAAAAUCCCCGUUUCCAAAGUGCUGGUCCGCAGGGUCAGCAACAGGGGUUUGGCUGGGACCACCAUCAGGGCAGCAGCGUGCCAUGACAGUGCCAAAAAGUUGUGAGGUCUCCAAGGCCAAGGAUGAUGGAUGGCCCAUAUGUUAAGGAAUACAACUUUCCCCUGGAAACCGCUGAAGGAAGUUUGCUUUGCCCAAAGCAAACAAUUUAGGACCCACCCUUCUCCAUAUGGCCUAGAAGUCUUUGUUGGAGACAGGGGCAGGACACCCUGGAAGGGGAGUGUUAUACCUGGAAUUCAGAUAAGUUCCUGAGAAUUCUUUUCUAGCACUUUUCUUUUUCUUUU